AUGUCUUCGCCAAAGACACCUCGCUCGCCUGCGUCGCCUGAAGGCGCUCAUGAUCCAGCAGUGCGGCCUGAAGAUGGCCCAAUCGAACCUGUCAGCCACUACUUCAGCCCCAUGUUCAAAGACACCGAUUCUGACUCUUCGUAUUCAAAGUCGACUGGGGUCACCGAUACCGAGUCGCUAAAGUCUUCGAUUAUGGAAUACAAGUGGGUUCACGGCAGACGCUUCCAUGCUUAUGGUGACGGUACUUACUGGGGGGCCAAUGAUGAUCGCCAGCAAGAAGCUGAAGACUUGAUUCAUGAGUUGUUCCGUAUUGUUCUUGGCGGCAAGCUUUACCAGGCACCUAUUGGCAACAGCCCACAGAACAUCUUGGACGUUGGUUGUGGUACAGGGAUCUGGGCCAUUGACAUGGCCGACCUGCAUCCAUCCGCCGAGGUCGUCGGUGUUGACCUCUCACCUAUCCAGCCCAAUUUCGUCCCUCUCAACUGCAGAUUCGAAGUCGACGACAUCAACAAAGAGUGGACUUUUCCAGAGAACAAGUUCGAUUAUAUCCACAUUCGUUACAUGACAGGCACAGUCCCCAACUGGACAGAAAUGCUUAAGAAAGUACAAAGAUACCUAAAGCCCGGCGGCUGGGUCGAGCACGUCGAACUCUGGGGUAACGCAAUGGCCGACGACGGUACCAUGAGCGAAGACUCCCCACUCAAGACAUGGGUCAAGAUCUUUGAACAAGUGGGGGAAAAGCUCGGCAAACCGUUCUUCUGGGAUCCUGCAGAGGCGUUCCAGCAGGCUGGUUUGAAGAACAUAAGCGAGAAAAAGGUCAAGGUGCCCAUUGGUACUUGGCCGAAGAACAAGGAUCUUAAGCAGUGGGGCGCUUGGAACAGACAGUUCUUGCUGCAGGGCCUGGAGGGGUUUUCUAUCAGAGCUUUGACGGAGCUUUUGGAGUGGGAAUACGAAAAGGCACAAGUCUUUCUGGUCGAUAUACGCAAGGAAUUGCUAAACCCCAGCCUUCACUCAUAUGUCUUGACAACUGCUGUUUGGGGUCAGAAGCCCGAAGAAUAA